AUGACCACUGAAGAGGGCAAGCUGAAGGUGGAGAAGACGAAGGUAAAGGCUCCUAAGGCCAAAGAGAUCGAGGCAGAUGUGAUCUUCGACCAGCCGCCAGAGGUCAUCCUAAACUCCAUGCUCCCGCUCUACCUGAACUCGCAGAUCCUUUCCUUGAUGUUCGAUUCGCAGGCCUCUGAGCUUUCAGCACGAAUGUCUGCCAUGAAGGUCGCUACGGACAACGCGAACGAUCUGCAGAAGAAGCUCAUCCUCAUCUACAACAAGAAGCGCCAGGCUGCUAUCACUGCGGAGUUGUGUGAGGUGACGGCAGCCGCCGUGGCGCUGGAGGGAGGUGAUGCUGGCAAGGCCGGCCCGAACCUCGGUGUCAUGGACAACGAAGACACCAUCAGUGAGGACUUCAUGAAGGAGUUGGAGGAUGGCUCCAUCUCGGACACGCCGCAGAAGCCCGAGGAGAUCGGACCGACAGACCGCUGGGAGUUCAUGAAGACGCUGCCCAAGGGCGAGGGUUUAGUGCGGAACAUCAAGCCACAGGCGCGAGAGGCUGCGGCGGAAGCGCUGCGCCGCGAUAUCUCCCGCGCCCAGGAGCACCUGUGGAGAACACAGCUGAACACCGAAGAGACCUUGCAAGACCUGGAGACACAGCGCCAGAGCUGGGAGGAGGAGGAGAAAGACUCCAAGGUGGCACGUCAGAAAGCACAGCAACGCGUUUACACCGCCCGCGAGAACGUAGAUGCGUAUGCGGCCCAAGCAGAUGCCGAGGCUGAUGCAGCUGCCCAAGCAGCGGAGCAGGCAGAAGUCUUCUGGCCAACAGAUGCCUCUCAAGACGUCACAUGUGCUUACUGCGAUGGUCGCGUCCGCGAGAGGUUGGUGUUCGUCGCCGAAAGCCCGGAUGGCCAGCGGGACCUCAUUUGUGAACGGUGUUCGCAGGUGCGGCCUGGGCACCUUGUCUCCUUGAAGCCGGGCAGAGGAGGUGUGGGGUGGUUGAGAUUAGACGGCGAGGAGCGUCCUCCCUAUGUAAUGGAAGUCGAGGUGCAGCUGCAGCUCUGUGCCAGGCGCCUGCAGGCUCUGCAACCUCCCAGGCCUUCCAUUCUGAGGCCCUCAGCCCCCAAAAGAGGCCCUUUUAAAGCUGCCAUAAGCCUCUUCAAGGUCUCCUUCGAAGGCGUCCGGAAAGUCGUCGAUCCAUCCGACGCCGAGAUGUGGAGCUUGAGCCCAGAGGCCAAGGAGGAACUUUUCUGGAGCUCCGAACGGCUGCGCAGCCUCAAGUGUGGCCGGUGCGCGAGUCUAUGCAGGGCGGAUAAGGGCUUCGUAGUCGAGUCCUACGAUGGAAUUAUGAACAUGAUCUGUCCUGCUUGUUCCAGCGACUGGCCUCGUCAUCUCCUUUCUUCAGUGCCUGGAGUUGGCGCUGGCUGGCUAAAGCUUCGGCAAGAGCAAUCGCCUGGGCUUCGCCGCGCAGUUCCAGACGCCGACAACGAGGAUUCUGUGACCGUGACGGAAUCGGAGACUGAAGACGAGACAGAACCCGAGAGUGAGGACACAGAGGAGUCGGUUUCGCUCGUGUGGGAGGUCGAGGCCUCAAAGGCCGCGGCGAAGGCGGCAGUGGCUGCACACCGGGAGGAUCGAAGCAGAUUCCAGGAUCAAACCAGCAAGGAUUUGGCAGCCAAGAAGGAGCAGGCAGAGUCCUUCGUCGAAGAUGUCAUUGCCAAGACGAAGUCUUGCAUGCGACAAAUGGAAACCGAACGGCACCAUGCGGCCAUGCACAUGGACCUUGUGGCAGAGAGGCACCAGGCCACCAAGACGGAGGCCCAGGCCCGCAUGAAGCUGCAUGAGGAGAAGUCGAAGAAGCAAGCCAAGGAGCUUGAGCACAUGACGCACCAGCUUCGAUUGCGGAGCGAUGAGGCACUGGCCGAGAAAAUGGCAGGGACGCAGCGGGAGCUGACUAGCGCAAAGGCCUUCUGCGCGCAGGUGCAGACAGACAUGGAAGAGGCCAUCCGUAGCACCAAGCUGGCUGCUAUGAAGAUCGAGGCAGAAGCUGCAGCAAACACCUUCGAAGAGCAGCGAAAGCUGCAAGACUUGGAGAACAAUGCUUUGCAAAGCUUCAAGGGAAGCCGUGAAGAAGCACAAGGCGCUUGGGACGAAACUGCUUCGAGGCGUAAAGCCCUGCAGGAGGAGCUCGAUGAGAUCCAUGCCCAGUACCAAAAGUUGCACGACGACACGCGAUCCAAGAUGACUUCGAUCAUGGCUCAGUGGAACGAGAGCCGUCAAGCCAUGGAGAAAUCCAUUGCUGACUUCGAGGUGAAGCGGAAGGACGCCUUCGAAGAGCUGGACGUCGUCAUGCAGAGAACCAAGGAGAAACAUCAGGUGCAGAAUCAGGCCAUACGGCAGAGCUGCGUCCACGCCGUGGCCGAGCAUGACGCAGUCCCGGCUUUUGCCAACGGUGCUGCUGGCCACCUCGUCAUGGCUCCUGAUCUCCCUCUUCGGACCUCCUUCCUGACGGGCACUUCGCCGGCAGGAUCUUCUCGCCAGAGCCGAACCGCCAUGCGAGGCUUCAAGGAUGACUUCUACGCAUGGAAGGAUUCCCUGAGCAAGGAUGAGCAGGCCCUGCUCCUGAAGCAGGCCCAGAACGAGUUCGACAAGAAGUUCCGCAAGAGCGACGAGUUCAGCCAGGACCUGCCUGAGGAGAAGAUCCAGUCCUUUGCCAAGGUCCUCAAGAAGUUCUUCGACAACGAAAAGGAUGACUACAAGAAGGCGCCCGGGAAAGUGGGUUAA